AUGAUGAAGGACUUAAUGUCUAGAAAAUUCAAUUUCCAUGACCUGGCCACGGUGACUCUUACUCAAACCUGCAGUGCAGUGGUGACUAGACCAAUUGUGGAGAAGCUAUCUAACCUAGGGAGCUUUACAAUUCCCUACAUUAUUGGUAAUUUUGAUUUUGCUAAGGCACUUUGUGAUCUAGGGGCUAGCAUUAAUCUUAUGCAUCUGGCGAUUUAUAAGAGGCUGGGGAUUGGAAGAGCUAGACCCAUCUCUAUGUUGUUGCAGCUGGCUGAUCGGACUGUAAAAAGACCCUCUGGUAUCCUGGAUGAUAUGUUGAUUUAG